AUGGAAAUACAAAAAAUUUGUGAAGCUAUUACAACGAAAACAUUAGAAAAAAGUAAUCUCAACCAAUUAAUAGAAGAAAACACCCUGACACCUCAUACACAACGAAAUUCAUCGACAAUGGACGAAUCAUUUAAUAAUGACCAACCUGAUCGACAGCAUCAAACAACAACAACAAUUAUUAUCCCACCAUCAUCGUCAAUACCAACAUUUAGUGGAAGUAUCAUGGAGAAUCCUCGUCAAUUUCUUAUUCGAGUCAAAGAAUAUGCAGAAACAAUAAACCAUUGGAAUGAUCAACAUUUACUUAAGGGCAUCUCACAAUUCCUUCGAAACACAGCCCUUGAAUGGUACUGUCAAUUAGGUAUUUCAAAUCGACGUCCACAAACUUGGACGGAAUUCAAGGUAAUCUUUCUCAACCAAUUCAAUUCACCAAUUCGACGAGCACAUCAAGAGCAGCAGUGGAAGAGCUGUAAACAAGAAGAAAAUGAAACAAUCAAUGAAUUUAUUGUUCGAUUUCGGGCCCUCUGGCAAGAACAAAAGCCGAAUGAAACAGAAAGUGAUCUCAUUCGACACCUGAUGUGCAAGAUGAGAAACAAUUUAUUAACAAUGAUCGGUAUAUCUCGAUGUGAAUCACUAGACGAGAUUAUUUUAGAAGCUCAAAAAAUUGAAGAAAUACUCUAUCAACGAAAUAAACAACGUCAAAGAACUGAUUACGAUGACGUAGUACAUAAUGAUACACCAACAACAACAAUGUACAAAAAUGAAAAUCAUUACGAGGUACAAGCAAUGUCGGCACAUCAAAUGAACCGACAAACAGAAUUCAACAAUAGAAGA